CAGAACGAGGUUGACGUGACGUCGACGCUGACGCUACGGCGGCGGCGGCUGCGGCGGGGGCCGAGGUCGGCGCGGUUGCCAUGGCAGCUCCGGGCGGAGGCCCGGGAGGGGGCGCCGGGGCCGAGGGCGGCGCGGGGCCCGAGGGCAGCUUCUCGUUCGGGGGCUUCGCGGCGGUGCUGGGCGGCCUGGGUCCCGCGAUCCCGGCUCCGGCCCCCGCCCCGCUGAGGCUCCUGCACGAGCUGUGGCAGCGCGACCCCGGCCCAGAUCCGGGGGGUGAGCGGAGCGGGAAGCUGCGGCCCUGCCGCCUGCGGCGCGCGGCCCGGCCACACCGCCGCCUGGGUCCCACGGGCCGGGAGGUGCACGUGCUGAAGAGACUUCGGGAAUCUGCCAAUGCCAAUGACUUAGAAACAGUGCAGCAUCUGCUGGAAGAUGGGGUCGAUCCGUGCGCGGCAGAUGACAAAGGCCGCACAGCCCUGCACUUUGCGUCCUGCAACGGUAGUGACCAGAUCGUGCAGCUGCUCCUGGACCACGGUGCCGAUCCCAACCAGAGAGAUGGGCUGGGGAACACGCCUCUGCAUUUGGCUGCCUGCACCAACCAUGUUCCUGUCAUCACCACGCUGCUCCGAGGAGGGGCCCGGGUAGAUGCCCUGGACCGGGCUGGCAGGACCCCCUUGCACCUUGCGAAGUCAAAGCUGAAUAUUCUACAGGAGGGGCACUCCCAGUGCUUGGAAGCUGUCCGGCUGGAAGUAAAACAGAUCAUACAGAUGCUCAGAGAGUACUUGGAGCGGCUGGGGCAGCAUGAGCAGCGGGAUCGGCUGGAUGACCUUUGCACCCGCCUCCAAAUGACGAGCACCAAAGAGCAGGUGGACGAGGUGACGGACCUCCUGGCCAGUUUCACGUCGCUCAGCCUGCAGAUGCAGAAGCUGGAGAAGAGGUAGCCCCAGAGAGAAGACCCUCCUGUCCCCUCCACGACCUUUGCCCAGCUCCUAUCAUCCCCAUCUCAGGAAGAGAGGAGACACCAGCCUGGCCUGCUGUUCUUCCCUGGAUCCCCCACUGGUGCCUGAGAGGCCCCCGCUUCUUCAGAGCCUCGUCCCUUGGCCUCCAUCACCAGAACCCCAGCACUGUUCCUUCUGCCCCCAGGAAGCCCGGCUGGGCUGAUGCUGUUGGCUUCGAUCUGGACAGUAGCCACCCCUGGUAGCAGGAGCCUCAGCUCAGGGGUUUCCAGACCCCCUUCUCCCUCCUCCUUUCCUGGACACAAAUGGGAGCAGAUAGGCCUGAGCCCUUCCCACCAUUCUCUCUCUCAUGAGCUUUUCAACAGCAGAGAUUCAAGUGCAUGACUUUGAGGCUUGCUGCUGUGAGCAGAGAAGGCGGGAGUGGGGUGGGGAGCCCCUUUUCCAAGGCCUUUUGGGGAAGAUGCAGGGGUUCUGGAGGUAAACUUCGCACCUUUCACCCGGUGUUUAAAUCUCAGACUUGACACCUCAGUGGAGCGAGGUAAGCUGAGUGAGGAUUUUCUUUUAAGAUGGGAGGUUCUGGGUGGGGCUGCAGUCUGCGGAAGGGGGACGGCCUUGAACCAAAACCCUGGAUCUGAAGCCUGUCAUUGGAAGUGUUGGUUCUUGGCAGGAGGCAGGACCCUCCCUUGCCUCCCCCUGUGGGCAGGCCCAGGGAGAAGCUGCCUGCCUUCCGGGCCUUGACAGGGAGCCUUAGGGGGUCUCCUCUUGGAGAUUCAGGGCACCUCUACAAGGUAUCUGUCACUGCCUCUCCCCUCCUUACCAUGGUCUUGGACCACUGUGGGAAAACAGACUGUAUUGCCUGCAGGUUCUGAUUCCCUCUUUUCUCUUACCCCCUCCCUGCCUUUUCUGACCCAAAUCACCAGUUUGGAUUCCUCCAUCCUUUGGCUGGGGGCCGGCAGGGAGUGGGGCAGAUUGCUUGCCAGGCGCUGAUCCAGGCUGCUCCCCUGAGCCCGUGGGGGAGGAGCUGAGACCUGGGGCAGCUACAGGGCCCUGAGAGGCCUCUGGGAGGGGAAGGGAUUGCCAACCGGAGAGCCACGGCUGUGUCCACAAGGCAGAAGGGAAUUGGCCAAGGAGGUGGUGAGAGCUUGCUCUCCUGGUGCCAGAGGCUUGGCCAGCAGCUCCUCAGGUCCCAGGGGCUCUGGAGCAGUUGGAGGGUGGGCCCUCAGGGCAUGUGGCCAGCAUGUUAAAGGGGAGCAGGAGCAGGGAGCUGCCUUGGGGGGGAAGGGCUGGGGGGCUUCUAGCCCUCUUGUCCCCUAGACCCUGUUCCCAUGGCCUGUGAUGGAGUCUAGGCCCUGAGCAGGGAAGUCAGCAAAGCCUCCAUUCCAUCAUUUGUUAUCUGAGCACUGUAGGCUAGAGCCAUUGUGCCAUAAUGUGCAUGGUGGGUCCUCACCUCACACCAGCCCAGGGAGGGGGGCAGAGCAGGGGUGGUCUACUCCCAUCACAGACAAUGAAGUUGUCUUAGAGGAAGUGACCUGCCCGAGGUCACACGAUGAGACUAAAACAAGUCUUCUGACCCUUGAGUCACCAAUAAAUGCUUUUCUAACUUUGGACCACUGGCCAGGGCCAAGGACUUGGUGAUAAGAACUCUCCUUUCUGGGUCUUAUGGAGCUGUGGCUGCAGCCCCUGCAGGAAGGAGCCCUCCCCAGGCUGCAGCUCCCAGGAUUGUGGCAGAGGGACCCGAGCUGGGGUAGCACAACUAUUCCCAAGGCUCUUGGCUUAGGCUCUUGGGCUGUCUCCAUUGGGGUCUGAGGGGGGAUGAUGGUCAGGCUGGUGGGGGUGGUAGCCUGGCCCCUGCUGCCUCCUGUCUUUCCCAGGGUACCCUGCUGCUUGGUGGGGAGGGCUGACUCCCUCUCCCCAGGGGAUCUCUGGGCCAGAAGCUUCCCUGUAUACUUAGGUAUGUAGGCACAGCCCCACUAAAUGCCCAGCCCGUUGAUAGACCCCAGGGGGACCAAGGCCUCUGGGGGCUCCCCCUCACCAUUAGCUCCAAAGCCAGGUCUCACGCCAGUGUCGGGCUCCCAGGGCAGCAAGCUUCCUCCUCAGGCCAUACUGCCUUUCCGGGGGGAGACAAGCCACAAAUGCAAGCCAGUGACCAAAGGGACGGUAUGCGCUGCCAUAUCACUAGGCCUUGUGAUUCCUAUACCGCUCAACUGAUUGCUGGAGCCUGCAGCCUCUGGGAAGCCUUCCUUGUGUCCACAGACAUCCCUUCUAGCUAAAUGUGCUGCCUGCCUGCCUCCUCCAGUGUUGGCCUCUCCAUUGGCCAGGUCUUCUCUCUGUUUCCUACUUGUGUAUGUGUGGGUUCACCCUUAUUAAACUGUAAACUGCGCAAGAA